CCCCCUUUUUGCUCAAACUUUUAUUGAAAUAACUUGAGAAAGGAAUAAUCUGGUAUCUGAAAGAAUCCUAUUUUAUUGUGGAUAUUGCAAUACCAAGAUGUUUCAUUUGUUUUCUGAACAUUUUUUCUUCUAAUAUUAGAUGAAUAAUAAAAAAACACUUUUACACAGAUAGGUGGGCUUUUAUUGCAGCACUGGACUUGCUUGUAUUUGUCCUGGAAAAGCAAUCUUUCAGCACCACGGACAGAGACUGGUCCUUGAUGACCCCCACCCCCCUCCCGUGGGGAAGCAGUGAUUCCUUAGGUCCAAAUUAAAGACAAGAAUAAGACUUUAAUCUUUUUACUCCGUUUUCCUUGUUUCUUAAAGAGUGUUCCUCCAUGCAGGAUGCAGAUCUCCUGAUGGGGAGGGAAGAGAAUCUUAUGAAUGGCUUGAUGCUGAAGCCGAAGAGGACAGUGACUGUGGGAGGGGGAUGUAGGUUAGGACUCAAAUAGAUACCUGAAAUCAGUUAAAAAAAAACAUAGUUUUAGUGGUAAAGCUGUAGAUAAAAAACCCGCUUUCAGAAAUCGCUUCAUGAAUCCAGGACUUGGUGUCAGCUGUUGCUGCCACGUGUUGCCAUAGAGCCCUUAAAGCGCACGCCAUCCCAAGGCAAUAGUAUAGUGAACCGCAGUGACUUGCGUGUUAAGAGUGGAACAUGACAGGUUUGGCGGUGCUCCGUGCGUCCUGCGGGGAGCGGGGCUUUCUUUGAGCGCAGUCGAAGCGCCGCGAACGGACAGGAGUCCAUUGAGAGAAUUUCGAAGCGUUAGUCAUCGCGCCAACCAUCCGCAGUGUGUUGAACUCGCCUAGAGCCUCCUCGCGCCGCUUGCGCUGGAGAUCUGGAGCAGGAGCCGCGGAGGGCUUGGUUGCGGACGCACGCUGCGCUGCGUGUCUGUGAAAAUCUCUGGCGCCCCCCCCCCCCCCCCCCAACAGAGGUUCGGCACAGUCCACCGGCAUGAUCGCACGCCGGUUCGGUGGCGGCGGGCCAGCGGGUGCCCGGCUCGUUAGGGUGUUUGCGCAGGACGUGGCGAACCGACGCCAGUGACCGGCAGGUGAUGUUUGCUCACGUAAGUCGCUCGCGUUUGAUGAGGGGCGCAGGGGACGAGGCUGGAGGGGGCGCGCUGCCGUCGCAACGCCUUACCGGAUAACCGCCACUGUCGCGUCUAGUUCCUCCACGGAUUUUUUUAAAAAUAUUUUGUUAUUUUUUUUAUUUUUUUUGUUUUGCUCGAUGAGCAACAGAUUAUGUGCGACUAGGGUUCUCAACUGCUCAAAUUAAACCGGAUAUUUGGUGCGUGUGCGUGGGGUGCGUGUCAGUUCUUGUGAUUCCCGUACGCGCAAGGCGCUUUUUUUUCCUUCCAGAGAGGCAGUGCGCCCACCCAUGCGAUGCUAGCCUAUUAGCUGGAGAGAGAGACGGAAGGAGAGAGAGGUUCGAGCCCCGGAUUCGAGAGGAGGCGAAUUUACGCGCGUCGUUUUGUCUCUCAGGACAAGGAGAGAUAAGGAGAGAUAAGGCGGAGGGGGGUGCUAGCUGAAGGAGAAUGCAGCAAUCACAUUUUUAAGCAUGCAGAAGCGGGCCGUUUCCGGUUCCUAGGCUGGUGUCCCCCCCCCUAACCGACGCCAGCGGCCGUAUGGGGAAAGCAGCGGCAGACACCGAUGGCAUGGACACUUCCACAACGUCUGCCGCUCUGCUCUGCCUGCUCUGCCGGAGCCCGUUCACCGCCGUCCCUCUCUUCCAGCUCGCUCCGCCGCCCAGCAGCACUGCAGCACAGCACAGGCUGACGGCAUGAGGCUUGAUCCAGUGCAUUUCUCCAUGCUGGUCAUCGGGGUCUCCUUCGCCUGUUACGCCCCGAGUCUCAACUCCCUCCAGGACCAGGCGUACAGGUCCACCGUGGUCAUCGAGGGCGAGGUGCGCUCCUCCCCGGAGAACGGCUCCUCCCGGGAGCCCUACAGUGUGAAUGUCAAAGUGCUGGACGUGUGGCCCCUCAACAGCGGCGGCCUCGUGAGGGAGCAGCUCGUGACCGUCGGGGACUUCGGCUCCGAGGCCCCCUGCAUCACAGUGGAGAAGGACCACAGAUACAUCUUUUUCAUGGACCCGACCACCGAGCCCCUGGUUUUCAAGGCUGCGUACGCCCCUGUGGACGCCAGCGAGCCGGAGUUGAAGAAGGAUGUGGAUAAAGUGCUCUGCGAGGACUGCGCAUCGGCUCCCAAGCUGCGGCUGAUGCGAGGCCAGAAUCUGAUGGAAGGGGACAAGCUGUACUUGAAGUGCGAGGCCUUGGGGAACCCCAGCCCUUCCUUCCGCUGGUACAAAGAUGGGCGUGAGCUUCAGAAAGGCAGAGACCUCAAAAUAAAAACCAACAAAAAAAACUCAAAGGUGCAGAUCAGUCGAGUCCGCCUGGAAGACGCCGGAAACUACACUUGUGUAGCCGAAAAUUCACUUGGGCAAGAAAAUGCUACAAGUAUAAUCACCGUGCAGAUCUUGACUACCACCAACCCUUCUCCAGGUGUAAGUCAUGCAAGGCGCUGCAACGACUCAGAGAAAGCGUACUGCGUCAACGGAGGAGACUGUUACUUCAUACAUGGUAUAAAUCACCUGUCCUGCAAGUGUCCCAAUGACUAUACGGGGGACCGCUGUGAAAACUCCGUCAUGGCCGGUUUCUACAAAAUGAGGUCUAGUAAAUAUAGCAAAGCAGAGGAGCUUUACCAGAAGCGGGUGUUGACGAUCACGGGCAUCUGUGUGGCGUUGUUAGUGGUUGGCAUCGUGUGUGUGGUGGCCUACUGCAAAACCAAGAAGCAGAGACAGAUCCAAAAUCAUCUACACCAGAACCAGAACCAGUGUGUGGAGCAGCCAAAUCGCAUGUUGGCAAACGGGCCAAACCACCCCGGGCCCGGUCACGAGGAGAUCCCCAUGGUGGAUUACAUCUCCAAGACCGUCCCAACAACAGAGUGUGUGAUCAGCCACGGAGCUGAGGGCGCAGGCAACUAUGCAGGCAGUCGAAUGUCAACCCGCUCUCACCACUCCACCACCGCCUCACAUGCUUCCAGACACGAGGAGCGAACGUGGAGCAUGGAGCGAACGGACAGCAUGAACUCAGACUGCCAGUCGGGGGGGCUCUUCAGCUCCGUGGGAACCAGUAAGUGCAGCAGCCCAGCAUGCAUGGCGAGGAGGGCGGCCCACUGGGGCUGUGCGGAGGUGGCUGGACCGGGAAUGCAGUACGGGGACUCCUAUGACUCGCUAAGAGACUCGCCUCACAGUGACAGAUAUGUUUCCGCGCUGACCACGCCGGCGCGGCUGUCGCCUGUUGAAUUUCACUACCCCCCGCUGCCGCCCCAGGUGCCCAUCUUCCAGAUCACCUCGCCCAACACAAGCCACGCCCUCUCCCUUCCUCCUGCCGCUGCCGCCUAUCACAGAGACGACAACCAGCCGCUGCUCAGAUGCCCAGACGAUGGAAGUUUGUACAGGCAGCCCCGGCGUGCGCGCCGAAGUUACCUGACAGAGAGCACGGGGAGUCUACCGUCCAGCCCCUACCGUCUGCCCGAUGAUGAGGCCUACGAGACGACGCAGGAGUACGCCUCUUCACGGGAGCCUAUCAGGAGUCGGCGCCGCCCACGCCGAAACCGCCUCAACGGACACAUUUCCCAGCGUUCCGCGGGGCUACGAGACUACAGUUCACAGAGUUUUAGUCAGUCGGAGGACGAGGAGGACGAGGAGGACGAGGAGGAAGAUGCUCACGGAGAGAGCACGCCCUUUCUUAGUAUGCAGAACAUGAACCUGGACCCCCCCCUAUCCGCCUCGGGUCUACGCACGUCAACUGGCGUGGACACACGGACUCACCGCGGGCUGAGUCGGCCUGGGACGCGCAGCAACGAGCAGGGGCGCGGCUCGCAGUCGCAACGCUCCAAGGCUGACAACAUGCCCCUUUAGGACUUAGCCCCGCCCCUUCUGACAGCCACUCAGACACCUGCCACCCCGUCAACCUUUACUCACUCCCCUUCUUCCAACACACAACCAGAGGACUAGAAACCUGCACCUAGGAGAAAUAUUUUUAUUUUGUAUAACAGACAGAUAUUCUAAACAAAUGAAAUAUUUAUUUUCAUUUCAGCAAAAAUUGUCUACUAGCUAACAGCGAAGACUUUUUUUAUAUUGGGGGGAUAUUUAUAUGUAAAGUUUUUUGAUUUACAGCAUUAUGAGGGAUGAAAAAAUAAGAGAAUUACGUGCCAAUUUUUUCACAAGUUAGAUAACUAGAAUAAUAUUGUGGUGCCUUUUGCUGUAUGCUGAAGUCGGAGGUCCCAUUGAGUUUUUGUAGCCUUUCUUAUAAAGACUCCUCGUUUUUAUAGAGACCAACCCUCUUCCUUCCUUUUUGCUUUGGAUUGUUUGUUUUUUUUCUCUGGUUUGGGAUCUUCCUCUUUUUGAACUGUGAUCUGAUUAUGUCAUCAUGCAAUAUGGAUUCCUCCUGUGUAAAAGGUGUCUGUUUACAUGAGUGCGAUGCGUUUGUUUCACAGGGACGUUUAGCUUCUGAAGGAACCAGACGGAAACGGGUCCAAAAAUGUCCGCUGCCCGUCAGGGGCCAUUUCUGUGGAGCGCGUUCAGGAAGCUUUGAGGGAAGGUGAAUUCAGUUUCCUGUGUGUGUAUGUGUGUGUGUGUGUGAGUUCAGGGUGCUGCCUUUACAUUGGUGGUGGUCGCAGUGUCUGUGUGUGCCUGUAGACUGUCCGUACACCUCAUGCAGCCUCAUUUGGAUGGCGCCUGUGUUCACCUUGUUGGGUUUGGUCUCUUGUUUGUACGACAUGUUCCUCCCACCAAUCGUCUCGCUGCCAGAAAAGCUCCACUGCACUGUAAGAAGCUCCCUCCGUGAGCAGUCGCUGGUCAGGGAGCUGCUAAUCCAAACCGAAUCCAACCACUCCAGUUGUAAUCCAGCCUGACUCUGGCCUCCCGUGGACUGCCUGGUCCCCCCGUUUCCUAUGCCAGCAGCUUAGAAGCCGCACUGUGUCUCAGGACUUUCCCAUCACAUCACAGCCAAAAGAGUUCCUCGUUUCAGUCCCGGUUCGGUCCCCGGGGCCAGGGCCACCACCGCCACUCCGUCUGUUGCUUUAAACCACGGCUCUGAUCAUUAAAGCUGAAGUUUUGGAGGAUUUUUAUGUGAGCCAGGGAAAAUGUGCAUCAGCCAAACCUUCGGGUCUCGCCAGGAAUCCCUCCCCACUCCCCCCAAAUAUUACAUUAGUCGUGGGGAAAAGUUAGUGUCAUAACUUUUUAGUUAAAAGUAUCAAACUUGGGGGGGGGGGGAGUAAUCUGAUGGUUGUUCAUUGUACGUCUUGUAUUAUGCAAAUGCAACCUCAACAGUAUGCCACAGUUUUUAAGUGUAGUGAUGUAUUUAGAGCAUCAAAAAGUAAAAACUUAAACCCGGGCAAAACUCAAAACCUUCACGCCGUAGAAUUAAAAGUUAUAAUUAAUCCUUUAUGAUCUUUGAAUUACCGUAACUAUUCGGCUGUUCACACAAAUAACCUUACUGCAACAGAUUCUGAAGCGGUGAAAAGCAGCUUUAUAGUAGUACAGUGUUGAGGCAAUUAAUUCCUCUUUGCUCCUUUACUUACGUUAAGUGCUGUUUAACCCUUGUGCUAUCUGAGAUGACCCCACCCUUACAUUGACGUGUUCUCCCUACCAUGACAAAGGUGGAUAAAGGUGGAAAGAUUUCAUGUAAUCCAUGGACAACAGUGAAGAUCACAAAUCAUUGAAGAAAAAAGGUUCAGAGCACUGUCUAGUGGGUCUAGAUGACCCAACUCCCAAUGUUACUAACGGACCAAACCUCUGUAGUUACAACAGAUGCUCGUUUGGGGGCAGUAUUGCCCAAAAUAAUCACUGUCCAGGAAGGAAAAAAACAGCAAUUGCCUACACAUCCUCACAACCUUUUACAGACCUUUUUCAACCAUUUUCAAUGGAAAUGUGCAGUUGAGAUUCACAUAGUUUAACCCUUUAACACCAGAGCUUUGGUGGCAGUGUUAAGUACGAUUCCCUUUCGUCACAAUUUGGUUCAAACCUUAGUUUUUGGGUCACAGUUUUGUUUCGGUUUGAUACAUGAUUUGUGUAUUACAAAACAUCAAGUAAAAUGACAGAAAAAUCCUUUUUUAUUUUAAUAAUAAGCAAAUAGCAAUGAAAAAAAGUCUCGCAUUUGGCUUGUACUAAGCCAAACAUAUGAAGGAGGGAUGCAAAGAUUCACUUUUCCCACAAUUUAAUUCAAUGUUGCGUUUUGGUUUUAAAGCCACAAUAACACACCAAUGCACACUCACUUUCACACCUAUGAAUACAAGUUAGAGUAACCAAUGAACCUAUGAAGCAUGUUUUUGGACGGUGGGAGGAAGCCUGAGUCCCCGGAGAAAACCCACGUAUGCACGUGAGUUUUCACAUCCCCAGCCGGGAUUUGAACCGGGGACUUUCUUGCUGUAUGGCAAGACCUCUAACCACUGCACGGUGGUGCACUGCAGUGGUUAGCAGAAAACAAACCAUCGUGCCGUGGUUUUCCCUGCACCAAGACCCUAAACUGCACCAGGAUUUGUUUGCAAGUAAACUGAGAUCCCUCAAUUCUCAGGUUUUGAGGGGUCUAAAACCAAUUCCCUGCUGAAAUAAUAAAACUUAUGCCUUACUAAAUUAUUAGCGAAUUAGUUUUUUUCAUUUGGCAGUCUACCUGAGUUCUAGUGCGGAACCUGAUGUGCAAAUUCUGGUCCAACUGAGGGUCUCAGUUUACUUGCAAGUGAACCCUGGUGCAGUUCAGGGUUUUGGUGCAGAAAAAACCCCCAGAACCUUUUAACUCUGGAGAUGUUGCUAUCGACACCUAGAUAACACGCAGUUUGACUUACCUUAACUCUUUAAAUAUUUAUUUGAUUAAUGUUGAUUGCGUUGACAUGUCACUACCGUAAAGUUUUGCACAACAGCGUUAAGCUGCUUUUCUCCACUUCAGAAUCUGCUGGAAUUACAAUUUUAGUAUUCUGUCGUUCAUAUGUAGUCGGGAUGCAGUCGGGAUGCAACAUUUCACUUUUCCCUCGAUGCGCUGAAUGAAAUGAAACAAUUAAAGAAAUACACACAUAUAAACAUACAGGAACUUCUCAGAGCUAAAGCAGUUUCACAUAAAAAUGCUAAAUAUUUUAGCUGGAAUCAAAGCUAGUUAAGAAGUGUUGUGAGUUAUUGAGGUAUGAAGUAAUAUUUUCUUUCAAGAGUUUGUUAAAUAAACGAGGAAAAGAGCAAAACAACGAUCAGAGGUCGCAUUUGCUUAUUACUAAGACCUGCUACAGUUGGAUCAUUUUUAUUCUAUUUUGACCCAAAAACAGGAAAUAAAUAGAGAAAUAUUUGCCCACAGUUAUAUCAUGGAAGACACGAUUUCUCUUUAUUCUACUCGGUGUCCCAAUGUUGGACACCAGGAAUCCUCCAGUGGCACUAAUGAAGGCACAGCUUCAUCAGGGGAACAGAACCGGAGCAAAAAGAGCACAUUUCCAGGUUUUACUUUUUUGGUUCAAAUGAUGGUGUUGGAAAAAAAAAAGGAAUCAGAUUACUGUACUUAUUUCUUUAUUGUUCAAUGUCUUUCUUUGUCGUGAUGACUGAACGAUCUGUUGCUGUACCCCCUCCUUCAUCCUCGUGACCUCCUCGUUUUCUUCGGAUCUUUGAAAACAGCCAGCGGGUGACUCUAAAGUCCCACCUGGAGUGCGCCACACAGCACGCCAACACGAGGGAACCCUGUCAAACCUUUAGAGACCCUUCCAGCUCACUGAGGAAAAUACUGUGUCCGAUAAGGAGAAGAAAAAAAAAAGACGUGUCCUUUUUCAAGUUUAGAGUUGCUUUCUUUUUCACACAGGCGAUGCAUGGAUCACUCGUAUAGAAAGUAUCUUAAAAUCGGCAAGACGUCCCCUUGAAAUCAAGGGGCAAUUGUAUUAAAAACAUAGAAAAGCGUUUGGGUACUUGGCCCAAAGAGCUGCCUAGUUCUGUCUUAUCUUAUCACUGUAAUCAAUCUGGGAUUUUGCAAUGUGGAAAAAUCUAAAGUGAGGAUAGUGUGCUUCUAGAGAUAGUCCAGUUGUUUAUGAUCCUGCCCUCUUUCUCUUCCACCUGCACUUUCUACUCACCUGUUGCAUUCAUGGUCAUUCAUACACUGACAUGCACACACGAACCGUAUGAUUUUUCAAGAAGUUUGUCUUUUUUACCCCCUCUCUACCCUCUCCUCCUCCUCCUCCUCCUCCUCCUCCUCCUCUCACCCCAUGACCCUCCCUCCCCCCUGCAUGUCCUAGUGGUUACUGGUAGUUGGAGUGCAUGGAGCAAGCAAAUUGUUUUUCCACUCGGUGAAAAUAAUAAUAAUGAUAAUAAAUUGAAAAAAUGUGUCUUCAUUUUAAACAUUCAGCAAUAAAUCCCCUUCUUAUCAUGUCCACCAUUCUUGGAAUAUGCUAGAAAAUUAUUUGCAAGUUUUAUCCCCCCAACAAAAAACAAAAACAUACUACUUGUAAGAAGACGAAGAAAAAUCUACGAACCACCCCUUCAUAUGGAAAAAUAAAACUUUAUUCCUACCAAUUCA